CACCGCGAGGAGGUUCCCUUCUCCCAGUGGAAAGUAUUCUCGUCGCAAGAAACCGGCCUCGACGCGAUCACACUAGACGCCGAGUCACUCUGUUGUCAGUUUCGUUAUAAAGAUGAUCAGGAACAGAUGCAUUAUUCUCAUCAUGAUAUCGAUAUCCGCGAAUUUGUCGGCCGGGCAGCCCCUGCCGGAGGAGCCCGAGGAGCCGGUCAAGGAUCAGGACGAUAAAUCGCUCUUCAACCUGCCCUUCCUGCAGUUCAAGAAUGGGGGAGUUAGGGUGAAUUUCGCUGGGUAUCACGCGGAGGCUGGACUAGGGGGGCUUCUCGGGGGGUCUGGGACUAGGGGAGGACUUUACGCGGGAGUUGGCACACCGUUUGGACCUCAUGCCUCCGCCGACAUCGGCGGAGCCUUGGGGGGAGACAAAGGAGCCGGUGGAUUGAGAGCUCGUGCAGGUCUAGGAAACGGUCUACCCGAGGCCGCAGCGGGUUUGGGUGGUAAUUUAGACGGAUCAAACGGUGGUGGCAACGGUGGUAGACUCUACGCCGGAGCGAGCAACGGAAUAAAGACGCGAAUCGUCACCAAAGACAUUGGAGUCCCUGAUAUUGAUCAGUCGAAUAUCCAAGUAAUUCCAAAGAAGAGCGACGUGAGUCAGGCCCCUGCGGAUUCCAAACCUGAGUUGAUCAGGCGAGAAGCUGCUGCGCAAGAUGACAGUGCUAAUGCAGUGGAGCCUAUUCCGAUCGCAGUCGUGACUGACGCACCUCAAUACGCCUAUCCCACGAGGCGAUGUCGCAGGAAGAGACUCUGUACCAAUUUCGCUAUAAAAAAAUUGACCCAACAGCAAUACCCAGGGAACCUACUCACCCCCGAUCUGGGCCUUGACAAACCUCUUCCAGGACUCGAUGCGGGAAUUGUAGAGAGGAGUGCAGGUCCGGAGGUGCCGGCGGGAGCGGGAGCCUCUGGAGGAGUCGCUACUGACGCCACUGGGUACAAGGGUGUCGCCGUAUCCCCAGGAGCUGCCCCUGGUGGUCCAUCUCCACCUCCACAUGCAGCUAGACGCACCGUAUUUGAUGAUAUUUUCAAUAUUCCCAUUGCAACUCUGACGGCAGUAAACCAGUUGUUGAAUAGCAAACUGGGCUGAUUCAUCAUUGUAAUCAUUGAGGAACAUCUACGCGUCGUUACCGAGACACCAAGGACGCACAAUAAUUUAAUACUCUCCUUUAUGAAAUUUUUAUUCUCUAACUGUAACUGGAACUCGUUCUUUGUCUUGAUUUGAAUUCCACCAUUCUCGAAAUGUCGAACAAUAAUAUGAGAAUUAAAUUGAGAAAUAGAAACAAUAGGCAUUCACCGGAUGAACACAUUUCUUUAAAGCGAAAUCAAUGAAAAAUUUAGUAUUAGAAAUUGCAAUUUGGCGCUUGUCGCAUUGAGGAGAUGUGAUAUUACGCAUGGCAUUUUGUAAUCCCCAGAAAUCGUAAUAAUAAUUUACUGAUUACAAUAGCUGGAAGUCUCUCUGCAUUUGUUCACGUCAAUUGGAAUUAUUCCGAGUAAUGUUCGUCGAACGAUUUGAUACUAGAUACGCGGAAUGGGAGCCUAAUGAGCCGUAACGAUGUCCAAAGUUUGAUUUCCAUGGAAAGACGCCAAUUGUCCAAGUCCUUGAUGCGAGUCAUGACGUACACAACUUAUUGUGCUCUUAUUUAUUUCGCCUCACCGUCGUUAAUCAGCGACUUUUUUUAUUGAGGCAUAAUGUCUAGAAUAGAUACAAGUGCGAGCAUCAAUCAUGUCUGAUAACUCGGCUAUUAACAGACUAUUUUUUCAGGCUAUAGAUUAGUCCUUUGAUAAUUAAAUGAGUUUCUUAUCAACUUUGGGACCUAGUGAAGUCAUCUUUUUGGACAUGUUUUGUCAUGUUUUUAGAAUAGUCGUCUCUAAUCGUAUGAUUGUAUUAAUAUUAAGGUGGAAAUACAUGAAUUUGAAGCAAGAAA